AUGGCUGGGGACCGGCUCCCACGGAAGGUGAUGGACGCCAAGAAGCUGGCCAGCUUGCUGCGGGGCGGGCCUGGGGGGCCGCUGGUCAUCGACAGCCGCUCCUUCGUGGAGUACAGCAGCUGGCACGUGCUCAGCUCGGUCAACAUCUGCUGCUCCAAGCUGGUGAGACGAAGGCUGCAGCAGGGCAAGGUCACCAUAGCGGAGCUCGUCCAGCCGGCCUCGCGGAGCCAGGUGGAGGCCGCAGGGCCGCAGGAUGUGGUGGUCUAUGACCAGAGCACACGGGACGCCAGCGUGCUGGCCGCGGACAGCUUCCUGUCCCUCCUCCUCAGCAAGCUGGACGGCUGCUUCGACAGUGUCGCCAUUCUCACGGGGGGCUUUGCCACCUUCUCCUCCUGCUUCCCGGGCCUCUGUGAAGGCAAGCCGGCCGCCCUGCUGCCCGUGAGCCUCUCCCAGCCCUGCCUGCCGGUGCCCAGUGUGGGCCUCACCCGGAUCCUGCCUCACCUCUACCUGGGCUCGCAGAAGGAUGUCCUGAACAAGGACCUGAUGACACAGAACGGAAUAAGCUACGUCCUCAAUGCCAGCAACUCGUGUCCCAAGCCGGACUUCAUCUGCGAGAGCCACUUCAUGCGCAUCCCCGUCAAUGACAACUACUGUGAAAAGCUGCUGCCCUGGCUGGACAAGUCCGUGGAGUUCAUCGAUAAAGCCAAGCUGUCCAGCUGCCAAGUCAUUGUUCACUGUCUGGCUGGCAUCUCCCGCUCUGCCACCAUUGCCAUCGCGUACAUCAUGAAGACCAUGGGCAUGUCCUCGGAUGACGCCUACAGGUUUGUCAAGGACCGCCGACCGUCCAUCUCACCCAACUUCAACUUCCUGGGCCAGCUGUUGGAGUAUGAACGCAGCCUGAAGCUGCUGGCCGCCCUGCAAGGUGAUGGGGUGCCGCCCUCAGGGACCCCCAAGCCCCUGCCGGGCCCCACGGUGCCCCUGCCGCCGCUGCCACCACCUACCUCAGAGAGUGCCGCCACCGCAGCCAGGGAGGGCGUGCCGGGCGCGGGCGGGGAACCUCGGGCGCCUGCCGCGGCCCCCGCCACCAGCGCGCUGCAGCAGGGCCUACGCGGCCUGCACCUCUCAUCGGACCGCCUGCAGGACACCAACCGCCUCAAGCGUUCCUUCUCGCUGGACAUCAAGUCGGCCUACGCUCCGAGCCGGCGGCCCGAAGGCCCCGGGCCCCCAAACCCGGGCGAGGCCCCCAAGCUCUGCAAGCUGGACAGCCCCGGGGGCGCGCUGGGCCUCCCCUCUCCCGGCGCCGACAGUCCAGACGUGGCGCCCGAGGCGCGCCCGCGGCCCCGCCGAAGCUGCCAGAUGGAGUUCGAGGAAGGAAUCGUGGAGGGGCGCGCGCGCGGCGAGGAGCUGGCCGCCCUGGGCAAGCAGGCCAGCUUCUCCGGCAGCGUGGAGGUCAUCGAGGUGUCCUGA